UGAAUUUGGCACAAGCGAAACGUCAUUAUUUCAUCUUUCUUUCCGGAUUUCCACGCUUAGGUGGUAGGAUAAAUUACCAAAAUGGUUAACGGACGUAUCCCGUCAGUAUUUUCCAAAACUUAUGUUACACCACGUCGCCCAUAUGAAAAGGCACGUUUAGAUCAAGAAUUAAAAAUUAUUGGUGAAUAUGGUCUAAGGAAUAAACGCGAAGUAUGGCGUGUGAAAUAUGCAUUAGCUAAGAUUCGUAAAGCUGCUCGUGAAUUGCUCACACUUGAAGAAAAAGAUGAAAAAAGAUUGUUCCAAGGUAAUGCCCUUUUACGUCGAUUGGUUCAAAUUGGUGUAUUAGAUGAAUCCCGCAUGAAACUCGAUUACGUUUUGGGUUUAAAAAUCGAAGAUUUCUUAGAAAGACGUCUUCAAACACAAGUAUUUAAACUUGGAUUAGCCAAAUCUAUCCAUCAUGCACGUGUUUUAAUUCGUCAAAGACAUAUUCGCGUUCGAAAACAAGUAGUAAAUAUUCCAUCAUUCGUUGUACGAUUGGAAUCACAAAAGCACAUUGAUUUUGCUCUGAAAUCACCAUUUGGUGGUGGCCGUCCUGGUCGUGUAAAGAGGAAGAACAUGAAGAAGAACCAAGGUGGUGGAGGUGGAGGCGGUGAAGAAGAAGAAGAUUAAGCUUAUAAAGUGUGACUUUAAUUUAUGUCAAGAACCGCAAAAUAAACAUAAAUUAAUAUUAAAAA